AUGGCUUCACUUGCAAGGCGUUGCAGCAGGUCUAUUGUAAAUUCCCAUAUACCAAGAAACUGCAGACGUAGUCACAUCAGCGCUUCUAGCGAGCUCCCUCAGCCGAGAAUCAACUAUCGCGACAUCUCGGAAAAUGUUACCUCAAAAUCUCUUAAUGCGUUGAACCGCAAGGCCCGCAUACCACACAACGCCAUAGCCUCGGUUGCCCGGGCCUACAAUGAGUGCAAGCGGAUUUCAAACGAACUCAAUGCUAAAAGAAACAUUCGUUCUAUGGUUGGCGAACGCAUUCGAAGUAGUUCUAACGACGCAGAGAAGGAGAAUAUCCGUGCGGAGGCGACAAAACUUAAAACCGAAGUAAAGGAACUGGAAGCCCAACUUCAUCUCGCUGAACAGGAAUGUCUUCACUUUGCCCUCUCCAUCCCCAACGACACACAUCCAAGUGCACCAUUGGGCCCCGAGUCUGCCGCCGUCACUCUGGCAGAGUACGGUCAUGCUAUACCUUCAAACCCUCAACGCGAUCACGUGACAGUAUGCCAGAAAUUCGGUUUGCUCGACCUAGAAAGCGGUUCAACGGUGACGGGGUCGUCAUGGUACUUUCUCAAAAACGAAGCAGCGCUUCUGGAGCUCGCAUUGACCAACUACGCCAUGUCAAUAGCACUCAAGCACGGCUUCACACCUGUAACCGCUCCUGAUGUGGUACGCUCAGACAUUGCUCUUCGCUGUGGAUUUCAGCCUCGGGAUGAUUCUGAUCCUCCCGUGUCGCACAUGUAUCACAUAUCUUCUACCCAUCCCUCAUCUCCAGAACUCGUUCUCUCAGGAACUUCUGAAAUCCCUUUAGCUGGGAUGUUCGCCAACAAAGUUUUCUCCUCGCUUGCGUUGCCUUUGAAAGUUGUCGGCGUGGGACACGCCUUUCGAGCUGAAGCGGGUGCCAGAUCUGCUGACACUCGUGGUCUUUAUCGAGUCCAUCAAUUCACAAAGGUGGAGCUGUUUACUGUGACUGCAGAGGGGGAGAGUGAGGCAAUGAUGGAAGAGAUGAUGACCAUCCAAAAGUCCAUACUACAGGGUUUGGGUAUCCCUUUCAGGAUUCUCGACAUGCCCACACCAGAGUUGGGCGCGAGUGCCUAUCGCAAAUAUGACAUGGAGGCCUGGAUGCCUGGUCGUGGAGGUUGGGGAGAAGUAACAUCUCUCUCAAAUUGUACAGACUACCAAUCACGGCGUCUGCAUAUUCGCUAUCGCCCACAAGGGUCAUCGCACCAAGGCGAGCCAUCUCCAACGCCAGCGCGACUUCCGUUUGCUCACACUCUGAACGGCACCGCCGCGGCAAUUCCACGACUGAUCGUUGCCCUACUCGAGAAUGGAGCAAUCCUAGACGAUGCCGGGGAAAUUACGGGGAUACGUCUGCCCACUGCGCUGAAGCCGUUCUGGAUUGGUUCCAGUGAUGGGAAGAAUAUUAUACAGUGGGAAGAUGCCUGA